AUGUCGGAUGAGGAACCGCAAGACAUAAAGCUCGAACUUGAGAAGAAGUGCCUGGCGAAGGACUGCAGUCACAAGGUGGUCGCCUACAACGAGUGCCUCGAGCGCAUUAAGAGCAUCCCCUCAGAAAAGGAGCCACACUGUUACCAUCAGUACUUUGGCAUUGUUCACUGCGUAGAUGAAUGCGUGGACCCGAAGCUAUGGCCCACGCUCAAGUAA